AUGGAGCCCAGUGACUUCCACGCUGUCCCCGCGGUCUGUCUGCGCGCGAGCGGGUGCGCGCAGUGGUGGUGUCUCCAGCUCCCAGGAGAGCCCCAGGCACUGGAUGCCGGGAGCCCAGGUGCCUGGCGGCCACGGCCCAGCCCAGGUGCAGGGCGGCAGGUGGAGAAGGCUGUGCCCAGCGGCGUGGGAAGGAGGUCACCAGUAAAGGCGACCUGUCAGCAGCCACGGGAUGACACCGAGAGUCUGGCCGAAAGCCUCGGGCCUGGGCAGCAGAACUCCUUCUCUGUUCAGUGCUGCUGGCUGGCAAGGAGCUUUCCCGCUGUACCUCGCCUGCUGCAGAGGGGACUCAAGCGGCCCCUCCCUGUUUCACAAACCAGAAGCUGGAGCUCCAUGCAGAGGUCUCACUGCGCACUGGCAGGGGCCCAGGAAACAACGGCGCUGAAGCGGUGGGUGGCAGACAGCAUCAGCCUUCGGGAGGAGGGACCUCUGCACCGCUGCCCGCCAGCCCUGGUGACCCGUCGCCCUCCCUAUGUCUGCUCAUCUCCUGCUGAGGACUUCCUGUUUAUCACAGCAAGCCGCUGGCUGACGGCCUCUGUGUUGAGGCAUACGUCUCUAUUUUCCUUUGGGGGCUGCUGCUCCAAUUUUGACAUUGUGGCUGUUGUUAGUCCCUGUGACUUAUCCUCUAAUUCCAGAAAAGCCUGCAGAAUAUGAGUCUCAUUUGUCUUUGCAGGACCCCCAGCCCCCAGUUCAGGAGACGCUCGGUAGCGAUUUGUCUGUGGAGGGAGUUCCUCGGGAGUUAGCCAGGUAACCCCCGGCCCAUGUGCGAUGCACCCGGCUGGCUGCCACUUGCACCAUCGUCCUGCACAAGCGCCCCAGAGCCAAUGAAGGGGCAACAGCAGCAGCGGGGCCUCAGCCCCCAGUGCCAGAUGUGCUGACACAAACUCGCCGCAGGCAGAGGUUUUUACCCAGGGGAGGGCUAGUAACAGGCUCAGUUCUUGGGCUUGAGGAGAGGAUGCUCAAUCUCAUUGGGUCAAUUUAAAUAAUCUUACUUCCUGUGCUCCUCCAGUCACUUUGGAAUAGCAAAAGCAAGAGGCACAGCGGAACUCCGUGGACCAGCCCUCUGGUACCGGCGUGGGCCCUGUGGAAGGGCCACUCCUAGGAAGUAGCCUCCUCCUGCUCUUCUUUUGGCGUCCUGGCUCCUCACAUGUGAGGACUCCCCGGGUGUCUGGGAGAGCCCUGCGGCUCACUGUGGGCUCCUGUGCUGGGCUCUCAAGCGAAGGUGUGCGUGGGGCAGACCUGGGUCAGCAUCGCCUCAGGUCCGUGCCACGCUCGGCUCUGACGAGGCCAGGGGCGGUGUUCGGAGGCUGCCGCCUCCCCACUGCUCUGGCUCUGCCCCCUUUCUGUUCUCACCGUGCCGGCAGGAGUUGAGCGUGUUGGGUGUGAGAGAUGCGGGUGGAGUGCCCUGGGCAGGGGCACCGUGAGCUCAGCUCUUUCACUAACAGCUCGAGCUGCAGGGCCGGCCCAGCCGGGCUUUGAAUCCUUUCCUCUCAGAGGGAGGAACGCUCCUUUGGUUCUACGCUGACUCACUGUCCAUGGGCCUGUCUGUCCCUACAGCAGCUCGUCCAGCUUCUGUGGCCAGCGAGGCUCCUAAUUGGUGUCCUCCCUUGAGCGCGCUGGGUGCCCCUUGUGUCCGCAGAUGGGGAGGCAGAGGAGGCCGCAGGAGAGGCGGGGUGCCCAGAGAGACCAGAGGUAUGAGCUGGAGCUGGCCCGCACUUCUCCUGGCCUUUCACCGUGCGGACGGCUUGCCCCAGAGUACACAA